AUGUUGCACGGAGUACCUGGGGACUGCCCGAAAUGUCAGGGUAGGCUGCAGUACAGCGAUGGAAUGUACAAGUGCACGACCUGGACUGAGGAUGGAUUUGCCAAAUGUCAAUAUUCGAGUAUCACUGGAGAGAGGAAGGCAUUCAAGAUGCCGAAGGAUAUGGGCCACGACUACCUCGACAACUUCAAAUUCGUGAAGGUCGCGAUCCCGAAGGCUAUGAUGCGCGAGCAAGAAGAAGUCAGGGAGUCAGUACAGGAGAGGGAGAAGCAGCGGCUGAUGAAGGCUGAGGAGGAGCUCGCGGAGAUCAACGUGACGAGGAGGCCAGAGGAGCCGGUGGCGGAGGAGGAGUUGAUCGGGCUGCCCGGCGUGCCGGUUUGA